CGCACCUCCCUUUAUCCCUACUCACCAGUAUCUCUCCAACGGCCGCGGAGGGAAGACUGGCGCGCGCUGUCCCUAGACUUGUUUAUUUUAGUGUUCCGUUUCGUUGAUGAGCUGGGCAGGAAACUAGUAGCCGCAUGCGAGAGGAGCGUCAUGCAGCACGCGAAAGAGUAACAGAGUGACGGCCACACACAUAUCAGGAAUUCUAACUCGGAAAAUGUCUGAAGCUGUGAUGAGAGGCUGUGCUGUGGUGGUGUCCGUGGUGGCGGCGGUGGAGGCGGCGGCAGCGACAACGGCAGUGUGACCAUGGGAAAGCUUUGUGUGCCAGCUGGAGCUCUGACUACCCUCUGACCCCCUGCUCUUGGUGCCACCUCCGCCCCCGCCCCGCCCACCUCACCCCGCCCCCGCGCCACGCACACCUUACGGCCUUAAAACACACGCACUGUAGAAAUUAUAACUAGAGAGGUUUGCUGAGAGCUUGACGUAUAUUUUUUCAAGUCUAAGUCUAUUUUCUGAGCAACUAUCGAGCUUCCGAGUGUCCGCGUGAAUGUUUGCGAAAGAUGUGAGAGCGAAGAGGAGGCGGGGAACCUGCAGGGAGGGGAGUGACCUUCCUGGGUGACAUUUCAACCAUCUCAGGUCGACCCCCACCCCGUCCUCCCGCCGCCGCCGACGCCACCGUCACUACUACUGCUGCUGCUGCUGCCGCCUCUUGCCACACGACGUAAAGUGGCCCACUAGUAAGGUAAAUGAAGCACAUGGCAACGCUUAAUGAAGGAGCGUACGUGCUGCACACACACACCUCAUCUGACCUGCUGUGAGCUGCCCGUGUCCUCCCCGCUGAGCUAAAGUGAGGCAGCCUUUCUCCCUUGGUGAAGUGUUGCUUGGGAUGACUUGUGAUGACGUUACCUGCAUUGCCUUGGGGCUAACUUGAGUCACGUCUGUACGAAUGCAGCAAGAUGGACUACAUUCGCGAGUUCGACAUCCGCCUGGAGAAGGAGAUGUACUACGCCGGGGAGUUGCUGCAGGGACAGGUCAUCCUCAACACCGUGGAGAACUUCAAGCUAAGGGCUAUCCGGGUGGUGCUACGAGGAAAGGUGCACGCCGAGUGGAAGGUAGUCGUGUCAGGGGACCGGCGGACUGUCAAGGAUGACCAGUACUUCAUCGACGACCGCACUACUAUAUGGGGCAAAGACAAGCCAGAAGGGAACGUGCCCAUUCUGCCGCGAGGCCACCACACCUUCCCCUUCAGGUUUCUGCUUCCGGAGAGUUCCUUACCAUGCUCCUUUGAAAGUAAAAGUGGCACCAUCCGCUACUACAUCAAGGUCACGGUGGACAUCCCCUACGCCUCGCCGCCCCAGGGCAUGAAGUAUUUUACCAUCAUCGGGCCACACAUUGACUGCAUGGACGAACAGUACCUGAAACCAAUGGUCGGGCAGGACAAGCGGGCGUUGUGCUGUCUAUGCUGCAAGCGAGGCCCCGUGUCGCUCAGGACGCAGCUUGAGCGUUCCGCCUACGUGUGUGGGGAGAGCAUCAAGCUGAAAGCAGAUAUAGACAACCAGAGCGACGAGGAGAUUCGCCUCAAGCUGAAACUGGUGCAGUAUGUCGAAUACUUCAUCGACCGCGGGGUGCUUGGGGUGACCAAGGACCUCCAACACCCGGUGCUGGAGUACACGGGCGACCCAGUGGCGGCGGGAACUAGGUGGAAGUUCGACUCUUCGCAGAGCCUGGUGGUGCCCGUCAUGCCGCCCACGCUCAUCGACGUCUGCCGCCUCCUGCAGAUCUACUACGUGCUGAAGGUUAACAUAGAAAUGAGCAAAUCAGGGGAGGAUCUGCACAUGCACUUCCCCAUCACCAUCGCCACAGUGCCCUUCCGCAUCCCCAACUCCACCCAGCAGCCAAACAUCACCUAUAGUGUGUGCUGCGACCACGUGGAGGGAGGCAUGUACACCGGGCCAGAAUUCCAGCUCGGGCAGGUGUACGACGGAGGAUGUGACAGUAACCCUGAGUCAGUACUGCUUUACCGGCCCGUGUACGUGUGCAUACCCAACCCUAAGCUGCUCAACACCCCAGCUGCUCGUGCUCGCUUGCUGGUGGACCCUCAGCAGCAGCAACAACAGCAGGAGGGCAGUAGUAGUAGCGGAGGGAAAAAGAACACCAAAAGAGCAUCCACAGCCCCGCAGGAUUCUGAUAAAACGUCGACUAUGUGAUUUCGGAAGAGAUAUUAACAUGGUGGUGAUGCUGGUAGUGUUGCUAGUGAUGGCACUGCUGGGGUGAGGUGUUACCGUGGUGGUGGACAGCGCUGGGAUAUGCUGAGUGGCUGAGUGACAGGUGAUCGUGUUCAGAGAUGGCUUGAACGUGCUGUAGAAGGUGACUGGAGGGGAAUGUGACGCAAAGGGUGAUAUGGGUAUUAGUAGUGAAGGUUUCACGUGUGAUGGAGUAACUUACGAACACCGUGGUAAGCUGAAAGAUUGUGAUGUCUAGCCCUACAUGGUAAGAUGGUGAUGGUAUGAGGAACAGUGGUUGUGUUGAUGGUGAUGUGUUGACAGUGACAGCAAAUGACUCACUCACUAGCCAGGCACAUAAACAGCAUCACACUAUACGCAAGGUUCUUUUGUUCAUUGACACACACACACACACACACACACACACACACACACACACACACACACACACACAGACACGAGCGCGCGGUCUUUAAGGAAAGUCAGGAACAUUCAAAUAAACUGAAAACGCAAAAUUUUUAUGAUUCGCAAGAAGGUGACUGCCGAUGACACGCAGCAAAAGUGAAAUUCAGUAAGGUAAUUUUAGCCAAUAAGAAGCUGAGUUCCUGCGCAUCAGCCAUUAGCACGCCGCCCUACUAAAGCUGCGGCACCUCAUGUUACCUUAAGCAUGAGAAAUACAUGCGUACAUACAUACAUAUAUACAUACAUACAUACAUACAUACAUACAUGUGUAAAACGUAAAUCCAGGAAUAAAUUUUAUAACUAGUAGAA